AUGCUUAAGGAAAGCACAAUGGGAAGCUUCCGGGUUUGUUUGCAACGGAUACGACGCAAAAUGAAACUGGACCUGCUGAGAGAUAUGGGCCGACAGUACCCCGUGUUCUGCUUCCUACUUCUAGUCCUGCUUCUGUCCACGGUGCUGUUAAACAGGUACAUUCACAUCAUGAUGGUGGUCUGGUCCUUUCUGGCCGGUGUGGUGACGUUCUAUUGCUCCCUUGGACCAGAGUCUCUGUUGCCAAACAUCCUGGUCAACAUAAAGCCAAAGAUCAAGUCCUACCAACAGGAGUUGUUUCCGCUAGGCCACAGUUGUGCUGUUUGUGGAAAGAUCAGGUGCAAAAGACACAGACCUACUCUACUACUGGAAAACUACCAACCAUGGCUUGACCUGAAAGUUUCCUCUAAAGUGGAUGCUUCCCUUUCAGAGAUUCUGGAGCUAGUUCUUGAAAACUUUGUGUAUCCCUGGUAUAGAGAUGUCACAGACGAUGAGGCAUUUGUCGAUGAGCUGAGGGUGACUUUACGCUUCUUUGCUGCGGUGUUGGUCCGCCGUAUCCAGAAGGUUGACGUGGCGUCCCUCAUCACGCGAAAACUUCUGAAAGCCUCCAUGAAGCACAUUGAAAUAAUUGCUAAAGCUCGACAGCGAGUGAAGAGUGCGGCGUUUCUUCAACAAGCUGCCCUGGAAGAGUAUGGUCCCGACCUUCACGUAGCCCUCCGCAGUCGCAGAGAUGAGCUUCUCUAUCUUAGAAAAUUGACCGAGAUGCUUUUUCCUUAUAUCUUGCCACCGAAAGCUACUGAUUGCAGAUCUCUCACUUUGCUGAUAAGAGAAGUCCUGGCUGGUUCUGUCUUUCUCCCUUCAAUGGACUUCUUGGCCGAUCCUGAUACGGUGAAUCAUUUGCUUUUGAUCUUUAUCGACAAUUCUCCGCCCGAAGAAGCUACAGAGCCAACCUCAAUGCUGGUACCUUUUCUUCAAAAAUACUCUGAUCCCCGUAGCAGAAAGCCUUCAGUUCUAAAGCUGGAAUUAAAAGAAAUAAGAGAGCAGCAAGACCUACUCUUCCGCUUCAUGAACUUUUUGAAGCAAGAGGGAGCCGUCCACGUGCUCCAGUUUUGCCUUGCGGUGGAGGAGUUCAACGACAGGAUACUUUGCCCGGAGCUGCCCGACUCUGAGAAAAUGAUGCUUCACGAGGAGGUGAAGAAGAUCUACGAGACCUACUGUCUAGACGAGAGUGUCGACAAGAUCCGCUUCGACCCCUUCAUUGUGGAGGAAAUAAGAAACAUUGCUGAGGGCCCUUAUGAGGAAGUGGUGAAGCUUCAGACCAUGAGAUGCUUGUUCGAAGCGUACGAGCAUGUCCUCUCCCUCCUGGAGAACGUUUUCACGCCCAUGUUCUGCCACAGUGAUGAAUACUUUCGCCAACUUCUGAGGGGGGCCGAGUCCCCUGCCCGGAAUUCUAAAAUGAGCAGAAAUAGCGUCAGUAUGGAUGAUAUCCGUUCCUGGGACUGGAGCCCCGAGUCCCCCUCCUCACAGUUCACCGCCUCUGGCAGUUCUUCACCCGCAUCUUUUAACUCCCUCCAUACGCAGCCCACGUUAACAACUUUUCCAUAUGGCUCGCUAUCCCACCGCCACUCCUUAUCACCCAAGAGCACGUCAAAGAGAGGCGAGUCUUUCGGGAUCAGCCGCAUUGGCAGCAAGAUCAAGGGGGUUUUCAAGAGCACGACCCUGGAGGGAGCCAUGCUGCCAGCCUACGGACUGGUGGAGGGGGAGGACGAUCUGGUGGAGGAAGCCAUGAUGGUACUGGAGGAUGACUCCCCGAUAGAAGCGGCCUCAACUCCCAGCACCCCACGGAAUCUGUCUGCCUGGAACAUCACCAUCCCUUACAUUGAUUUCUACGAUGACGACGUGAAAAGGGAGAGGAUUCCGGUGUUUUGCAUUGACGUGGAGCGGAAUGACCGCAAAGCAGUGGGACACGAGACCGAGCAUUGGUCUGUAUACAGAAGAUAUCUGGAGUUUUACGUUCUUGAGUCAAAGCUAACCGAAUUUCACGGUUCCUUUCCUGAUGCGCAGUUGCCUUCCAAGAGGAUCAUUGGCCCCAAAAAUUAUGAGUUCCUGUCAUCCAAGAGAGAGGAGUUUCAGGAGUACCUUCAGAAACUCCUGCAGCACCCCGAGCUAAGCAACAGCCAACUUCUUGCCGACUUCCUGUCUCCUCACAGUAUGGAGUCUCAAUUCCUGGACAAGAUGUUGCCUGAUGUCAACCUCGGAAAAAUCAUUAAGUCCGUCCCCAGCAAACUGAUAAAAGAGAAAGGACAGCAUCUCGAGCCCUUCAUCCAGUCCUACUUUAACUCUUGUGAGUCACCUAAACCCAAGCCGAGUCGUCCCGAGCUCACCAUCCUUAGCCCCACUUCAGAGAAUGAUAAAAAGCUCUUCAACGAUCUCUUCAAAAACAAUGCCAACCGGUCCGAAAUGGCAGAAAAGAGGCACAACCAAAACUACUUCAUGGAAAUCCUUACCGUGGAGGGGGUGUAUGACUAUUUAAUGUAUGUGGGCCGAGUUGUCUUCCACAUUCCUGACUGGUUGCACCACCUGAUGAUGGGUGGAAGGAUCCUGUUUAAGAACACGUUGGAGGCGUACACUGAUUGCUACCUUCAACAAAAACUCAAUCAGAUGGUGGAAGAGCACCGCCUUGUCUCCCUCAUCACCCUUUUGAGAGAUGCUGUUUUCUGUGAGAGCAGUCCCCCUCGCUCGGCUCAAGAUAAGCAGAGGAGAGCAAAAAGGACGUUUGGAGAGAUGAUGAGAUACAUUCCCGACCUUCUGGGGAAAUGUAUUGGCGAAGAGGCCAAGUACGAAGGCGUAUGUCUCCUCUUUGAUGGGCUGCAGCAGCCAGUUGUCAACAAGCAGCUUACCUAUGUUCUGUUGGAUAUUGCUGUUCAAGAACUCUUCCCAGAACUGAACAAGCAGGUGCAUAAAGACUCUUCAAUCAGUGCUCCUUGGAUGUGA